GUUAUUUCGCAAUUUAGUAUACAUUAGAUCCAUAUAUAAUAGCUAUAUAAGCGUAUGUGUGUUGGAAGUGGAAAAUAGAUACUUGCAGAUAUAAUUAAAGCCUUUAUCAGCGUGACAAAUAGCGAAGAAAAAAAACAACAAAUGAUAGAUAAAAUUGCGGCAAGUGUGGACACGUCUGGAUGCAGCCAGACAGCAGACUCGCAGCUACUUGACAAAACAGUUGAACGCAAUUAGGCGACGCGUACGGAUAUCCAACCAACCAGGAGACGGAAACACCAGCUAUUGGCAAGUGAACUGCUUGUUAGUGGCAAAACGCACAUUAAAAGAAGAGAAAUUAUUUCAUUGAUUAGCAGCGUAUGCUAAUAAAAUAAUAAAAACUGUGCGAGAAAAAAAUACUUUUUAGCAACGUUUUUGUGCUUCAGUGGCGAAGCGUCUUUGUUCUCUCAUAUACAUAAGCUAUUUUGCGGUAUUUGUGGUAUUUCACAAUUAAAACUAAUAAAAAAGCAUAUUCUUUGCAUUAUUUGCGUGUAUUCCGUCGAAAUGUCGUUCCAGUCUGGUUUUUGUGACAGUUGGUACUGAAGCCAUAGAAGUGUUGAAGUGUCUUCGGAAAAUAAAAUUUUCUAGAACAAUUAAUACAGUUUUGCAGCAAAAGAAAGCGUUCAAGCACUCCCAUCUCUUUGUCGCCCUUCCGCUUUCACGAGGUCGAUAUGCCGAAAUUGUUGAAUGGUCUCUACAAUAGUGGUGGCAUAACACCGGAACUAGUCGAAGCACAACCCAAACUACUAGCCGGUUCAUAUCGCAAUAAGCGCCAACAGAGCAGGUUCUGGAUAUUCUCAAUGAUAAUCGAACGCGCCACCUCGGCGGGUAGCAAGCGGGCGGAAAUCGAGGACAGCGACAACACACCGCUCGAGUCCAUACUGAAGCCGGAGCUAAAUGAACAAGUUUGUCUGCUGCGCGAUAGCCCCUAUAGGAUAUUAAGGGCAGCAGAGUCAGGCAAUUUGGAUGAGUUCAAGCGUCUAUAUCAAUCGGAUAAUGGACGUUUGUCGAUAAGGGAUAGCAAGGGCCGCACAGCAGCUCAUCAGGCAGCAGCACGAAAUCGUGUGAAUAUUUUACGUUACAUAAAUGAUCAGCGUGCAGAUCUCAAUGCUAAAGAUAAUGCGGGCAAUACGCCAUUGCAUGUGGCGGUUGAGAAUGAUUCAUUCGAUGCGAUUAGUUAUCUACUUUCUAUACCCGUCGAUACCGGCUUACUCAAUGAGAAGAAACAAGCGCCAGUACAUUUAGCCACCGAAUUGAAUAACGUGCAGGCACUACGAGUGAUGGGUAAAUACCGCAAGCAAAUCGAUAUACAACAAGGUGGCGAGCAUGGACGUACAGCUUUGCACUUGGCCGCCAUCUAUGAUCAUGAGGAGUGCGCCAGGAUAUUGAUAACCGAAUUCGAAGCAUGUCCCCGCACACCCUGCAACAAUGGUUAUUAUCCCAUACACGAAGCGGCUAAGAAUGCCAGCUCCAGAACGAUGGAGGUCUUCUUGCAGUGGGGCGAACAACGCGGCUGUCUGCGCGAGGAAAUGAUGUCCUUCUUCGACUCGGAGGGUAAUGUGCCACUGCACUCGGCCGUGCAUGGUGGCGAUAUCAAGGCGGUGGAGUUGUGUCUGAAAUCAGGCGCUAAAAUUUCUAAGCAGCAACAUGAUCUCUCCACGCCAGUGCAUUUGGCUUGUGCGCAGGGCGCCAUCGACAUCGUUAAGCUCAUGUUCAGCAUGCAACCGUCGGAGAAGCUUACUUGCCUCGGCUGCACCGAUGUACAGAAGAUGACACCACUGCACUGCGCUGCCAUGUUUGAUCACCCGGAUAUUGUCGAGUAUCUCGUCAAGGAGGGCGCUGACAUUAAUGCACUGGACAAGGAACAUCGCUCACCGAUUUUGCUCGCCGCAUCGCGCAGCGGCUGGAAAACUGUACAUCUGCUAAUACGGCUCGGUGCCGGCAUUAAUGUCAAGGAUGCAUCUUCGCGUAAUGUCUUGCACUUUGUGAUUAUGAAUGGUGGUCGCUUGCCCGAAUUCGCCGAGGAGGUGAACAAGACACAAUCGCACUCUCAACUUGUGCAGUUGCUCAAUGAGAAAGACGCUUCGGGCUGUUCGCCGUUACACUAUGCCAGUCGUGAUGGACAUAUACGUUCGCUGGAGAACCUCAUACGUCUGGGCGCUUGCAUUAAUCUCAAGAAUAAUAAUAAUGAGAGUCCCUUGCAUUUCGCCGCACGUUAUGGUCGCUUUAAUACGGUUAAACAGUUAUUGGAUUCGGAGAAGGGUUCUUUCAUUAUCAACGAAAGUGAUGGUGAGGGUCUCACACCGUUACAUAUCGCCUCACAGCAGGGUCACACACGUGUUGUACAGCUGCUGUUGAAUCGGGGCGCGCUCUUGCAUCGUGAUCAUAAUGGACGCAAUCCUUUGCAUUUGGCUGCAAUGUCGGGAUAUAUACAGACGAUUGAGCUGCUGCAUUCCGUGCAUUCACAUCUGCUCGAUCAGGUCGACAAGGAUGGCAACACGGCACUCCACUUGGCCACCAUGGAGAAUAAACCGCACGCCAUUUCGGUACUACUCUCAAUGGGUUGCAAACUCUUCUACAACCACAUCGACAUGAGCGCCAUCGAUUAUGCCAUCUACUACAAAUAUCCCGAAUCAGCGUUGGCUAUGGUCACACAUGAGGAGCGCGCCAAUGAGGUGAUGGCUUUACGUUCUGACAAGUAUCCUUGUGUUAUAUUGGCUUUAAUUGCAUCCAUGCCGAAGGUGUUCGAGGCUGUGCUGGAUAAAUGUAUCACAAAAGCAAAUUGCAAACGCGAUUCCAAGAGUUUCUACAUAAGAUAUUCGUUUUCCUUUCUGCAAUGUCCUUUCAUAUAUGCGAAAUUGGAUGAGAAAACCGACGAAUCGUUGGUACAGGCGAAUUUGACACCAUUGCCGGCGUUAAAUACGAUGGUCACUCACGGUCGUGUGGAGUUGCUCGCCCAUCCGCUGAGUCAAAAGUAUCUACAAAUGAAAUGGAAUUCCUACGGCAAAUACUUUCAUCUCGCAAAUUUGCUCAUCUACUCGAUUUUCCUCUUCUUUGUGACCAUUUUCUCAUCGCUAAUGAUGAAUGGCAUCGAAAUACGUCCGCUGUUUAUGAAUUCAACCAAUUUGGAGCACGCAAAUGUAACGGAGUUGAAUGACGGCUUUUUAGAUCUCCAAAAGAACCUGAGCAACAAUGAGUGGCCGGAAAAUCCCGCCGGUGGAGGUGUUGGCGAAUCGUUUGCAAUGAAAUAUGGCGAGUCUUACGAGUGCCUACAACACACCACCGCUCUGAUCAUCUGUGCCGCCGCAAUUGUCGCCUAUAUUGCAGGCAAUUCUCUACGCGAGUUCAUACAAAUGUACCAACAGCGGCUGCACUACAUAUUCGAGAUCGACAAUUUGAUAUCAUGGAUACUAUACACAUCCGCAUUGAUUAUGGUUUGGCCGGUUUUCUUUGCCGAAGGCCACAUAUCGACUGUGCACUACUCGGCGGCGGCGGUGGCGGUAUUCUUGUCGUGGUUUCGUCUAUUGCUGUUGCUACAGCGUUUCGAUCAAGUCGGCAUAUAUGUCGUGAUGUUUUUGGAGAUUCUACAAACUCUCAUAAAAGUGUUGAUUGUCUUCUCGAUCCUUAUUAUCGCUUUUGGCUUGGCAUUCUACAUUCUCUUGUCGAAGUGUGGCAUCUAUGCUGUUUUACAGAUCAACGAUGCUCAACCGAAUCAUUUGUCGUUCUCGAAUAUACCGAUGUCGUUGUUGCGCACCUUCUCCAUGAUGUUGGGCGAGCUGGACUUUGUGGGCACCUAUGUCAACACCUACUAUCGUGAUCAAUUGAAGGUGCCAAUAACAUCAUUCCUCAUUUUAUGCGUAUUCAUGAUUCUCAUGCCGAUUCUGCUCAUGAAUCUACUCAUCGGUUUGGCGGUUGGCGACAUCGAGUCAGUACGACGUAAUGCACAGCUCAAGCGCCUAGCAAUGCAGGUGGUUUUACACACUGAGCUGGAGCGCAAAUUACCUCAAAGAUGGCUACCGAAAACUGACAAAAUGGAAUUGAUCGAAUAUCCGAAUAAUACAAAGUGUAAACUCGGUUUCCUCGACUUCAUACUACGCAAAUGGUUCUCAAAUCCCUUCAGUGAGGAUACCACAAUGGAUACCAUUUCAUUCGAGAGCAACGACGACAUCAUCAACAAUGAAUUGGAACGUCAGCAUCGUAAAUUACGUGACAUUUCACGUCUGUUGGACCAACAGCAGCAACUCUUACGCUUGAUUGUGCAGAAAAUGGAAAUCAAAACCGAGGCCGACGAUGUGGACGAAGGUGUAUCGCCCUACGAUCUGAAGGCGGUUACAAGUUAUGGCACCGGGCCAGCGCCAGGUUCUCGUUGGACCUCGCCACGUAUACGCAAUCGUUUGCGUGCAGCGCUAAGCUUCAAUAAAAGCCUUUACGAAUAGAAACAGUUGAGACGCAGAAAACUAUUAAAUGAUUAGUUUACAAUUGUAGUUGUAAUUUGUUGUUGUACUUUGUGCAAGAUGAGAUUGUUGAUUAGAACUGACACUCUUUUAAGAAUGCAACACUUUGCAUGCAUUUGUUGUUGAUUUAAAGAACAUAUUUAUUAGUGAAAUUGUUAGUCAAUAUCAAUUUAAAAAAAAAAAGUUUAUUUGAAGAGCCAAAAAACGUAUUCUAACCUCAAAAUUUCGCACUCUCAAAUUUUUAAUUAUUUAUUUUUACCUCAAUCAACAUAAAAUUAUUUGUUUUUAUUGUGAAAGAUACUUAUAGGGUCAUAUAGAGCGAAUUCAUUUGAAGCUUGUAUCCUGUUAAGCCUUGAAGGUGUUCUACGGAUAGAAAACUCUCUUUCAUGGAAAUCGCCCUCAACAAUUUAACUAGCAUUAUUUAAAAACCGGUUCUCAGUGAGAGCGAAUGAAACACAAUUUUCACCGGAAAGGAUACAAACAUACGUACAAAAUCACAAAACUGCAUGGAAAUCCGCUCUUUUCUUGACAAUGCACUCUUCUAAAUGACUUUGCACAUUUUCAAAGGUCUAAGAAUUCUACAAAAGAUGCUUAUAAAACCACCCUUUCUUUAACUACUUACAAACACCCUCAUAUAAGUUAUUUGUCUAUUGUAUAUGUAGUAUACGAAGGUAUAGCUAUGAAGGGAAGUUUUAUAUGAAGACUUGGUAUAUAAUGAAAAUGUAUGUAUGUAUGUAAUGAAAAACAAUAUGUACAUAUGUAUGUAUGCAGUUGCACAGGACUAUGCAGGUAAAAAUGAAAUAAAGCCGUUGCCGGAAAGACGAAUUUACAAUUCUAUAUAGAGUAGACUAAUGAAAUAAAAUAAAAUGAUUACAACAACUAAAAUGCAAAAAAAAAAAAAAUAUUAAAAUAUAUGUUAAUGUUUGUAUGUAUUGCAAUUUGUUUGUGAUAAAUGUUUGCUGUGUCUCAAUGCGUAUAUAAAUUCAUUUACACAAAAUCAUAUUAUUAUUAUUAAACGUGUUACACACAUACUAAAGUUCAUAUAUGGUGCAUACCUAACUUUACACACAGGCAUAAAUCCAUUAAACAAAUAUACGGCUGCGUGGAUAAUGCUAAUAUAUGUAUAAUUGUUUUUAAUGUUGUUUUAACCAUUGUUGUUGUAUUUAUAUACAAAUGUAUUAAGCAGUUAUAUACUUAAAAGAACUUUCGCAUACGAGAAAUAUUUUGAAAAAAAUAUUGUAGCUGGAAGGAAAUUGACAUGAUUAAUAUUCGGAAUAAAUUAUACUAAGAUAUUUGUUUAUAUAAAAAAUGAAUGUAAAAUUGAUGUUGGAAAUAUAC